GCAAGUCAAGCUGAGCCGAGCCAUGAGCCAAUCUGAUGCAAUGGCCGUCAGUAUCUUGCGGUUGUAAUGACGACUUGCAAUAGUUUACUAUGCUGCAGUAUGAAGCCGCACAUAUGACACUGGGAGAAUGUUGUCGGCUCGAGAGAAGGAUGGCCUCAGAAAGAUACUGGGAGCUUUAGAAGACCGUGACAUAUUUUCUUUGGUCCAGACAGUUUCAUGCGGACAACUAAAGGUGUGCGACAGAAAAGAGGCACAAAGAGCCAUUCUGUCAUGCACUCUCAAGCCAGCCGAUCUUUUGAGGCGGAAGAAAAUACUGCGAGAACUACUGUUCCGCUAUUUACUGAGUGAACAAGUGCCUAUCGACCCGUCACUGCCAAAGCCUGACCUCAUACAAGCCUGCCUCAAACAUUGGCAGUCUGAUGGCAAUGUUGAUGUCAUCGAGAUAGACGAGGAAAUAAGUGUUGCACCUUCGAAAGACUCCUCCGCGGUGACACCAUCAGACGAGGCAGAGGAACAGAUGGCAUUUCAAUUCACGCAAUGGUUUUUCUCUUUAUUGAACGGCCACGCGGAAAAAUUGGGUUCCCAUCACUUCUUUGGCAGUUGUCAGAUGAAAAUCGAGUGUCUAGAAUCUUCUCAGGGUCCGCCACAGUUAGUUGACAUCCGAGGCGGCCUCAGGGUUUCCUCCGUGCUUUGGGAAUUAGCAGGUGGAUCGCGAAGACUUUUUCACCCCAACAGUGGCUCUCUUCAGUGCUAUUUCGAAAACCAUGGACUAGCAAAAAUCAUUGUCAGUGGAGUGAUCCACGAGUCUGGGAACUGUGUUGGUCUGUUUGACUUUAUGUUUGGGCUUGCCAAAGAUCCUAGUGCGGAUGACAACUGGAAGAUUCAAGCCGUUUGCGCACGAUUGCAGGUGUCUGGACCAUUUGUGAUGGCAAGCCUGAGAAUGCUACAUGCAAGUGAAAGUUAUGAAACAUGUAUGCAGCUGCAGUGUUGACGCUUUACAAAGUUGUGCCUGAACGUUAAAAGUACUUUAAUUGAUUGUGCCAAGUGAAUACAUUGGAGCCAGGUGAUUCUAUCUCUAGGUGACUCUUCUCAAGAAAACAUAGUGAAAUACAAAUUUGCUAUUGCAUGUGUAUAACA